AUGGCUUUCGUCGUCGACGUCGUCUCUGAAGACUCCUUCUAUGAGAACCUCACUCUGGGUCUCAUUCGCCUGCUGGAGUCGCGGCCCGGGGUGAAGGAUGUGUCGCUGGAGCGCCGGCUGCCGUGCGAGCGCGCGCUGCUGGGCGCCUGGGAGCAGCGACACUGCUGCGCCCUGCCGGCGGACCUUAGGCACUUCUACGCCUCCACCGACGGCUUCCUGCUCACCUGGAGCUACGAGUACGCAGGCGAGGUGCUGCCGCUGGGCUGGUUGGGCGUGAACGCACUGGCCGAGCUGCGCCGGCUGACGGGUGUGCGCUGCGCCGACGACUGUCCCCAGCUGCCUGAGCUCGACACCGACGCCAGCGCCGCCACCGGCAGCGCCAAGGACCAGCAGCGCACAACGCCCUCCUUCACUGCGCGCUGCAAGGUGUUCGAGGUGAGCGGCGUGCGGGGCGGCGGGAAGGUGUGCCUCGUCUUCCCCGAGGGCCACAUCUGGCUGCUGGACCGCAGCUUCCAGUGGCACCACCUGGCCGACAGCUUCAGCGCCUACUUCCGCAUGAUGCUCGUGCACCAGGGCCUGCCGCAGUGGCAGCUGCGCUUCACCACCAUGGGGCUCACGCCCUGGGCCGAGCAAAUGAUGGUGCUGGUGGCGCCGCACCUGGUGCAGCAGUCGCCGCCGCCGGCGCCGGUGGACUGGAGCGAGGCGCCGCUGAACCACCUGGACCCCGCCGUGCUGAAGGCGCCCGCACAGGCCGGCGCCGGCCGCGCCGCGGGCAGGUGGCUCUCGCUGCUGCUGCCUCCCACGGAAGGUCGGACAGGGGCGCUGCGAUUGGUCGGCCGGCAGGCGGCUCCCCUCGACCUCGCCCGCGGGGCGCGCCGAGCCGAAUGGCAGCAGCGGGCGGCUGGCGGCUGGCGGCAGGCGACCCGCAGGAUUUCUCCGCCGCCGCGACCUUUGUGCGGCGCUGGAGUAGACUGGACAGCCGUGGCCGGCCUUGGGGACGAGCACCAAAUGCCACCGGCAGCGCUCCUGGCCUGCGGGGUCGAGUGGUCGACUCGUCCGUGGCGGCCACGUCCAGCGGCUGCCGUCCGCCGCCUCUCACCUUGCUCCUCCAGCGUUCUCCUGCACUCAAGGUAA